AUGAUUAAAUAUGUGUGUUUGCAGGAUUCUCCAGAAAAGCCCUGUAACCCAGUACUGUCUGAAGAGGCCAAACUGAAGGAGAGAUAUCCGAACCUGGGCCAAAAACCCGGCGGCUCGGACUUUCUGAUGAAGAGACUCCAGAAAGGACAAAAAUACUUUGACUCUGGUGAUUAUAACAUGGCAAAGGCCAAGAUGAAGAGCAAGCAUGUGGUGACGGCCGGAGCGGAUAAGAACCUGGUGACAGGAGACCAUAUUCCCACACCGCAGGACCUUCCUCAGAGGAAAGCCACGCCACUCGCCAGCAAACUGGCCGGAUAAACACACACACAGAAGCAGCUGCAGAGACGAGUGCUAGUGUUGCUCUUCUGCACAGCUGAACCUCUAGAGCAGAGCAGAUCCGAUCCGCUCACUAGGGUUGGGUGGUAUGACGCCAGGAAUGAUGAGACAUGACGGAGUAAUGUGAAAAUACAGAGCGGCUGCGUCCCAAACCAGAGCUUGUGUUUGCUGCUCCACACGAAGCGGAGCUGUUGCUAGGCAACAUCGGAAUUCAUGUAGAAUUCAACAGUGCAAUCAGAAUUUAGUGCGAAUUUUUAAAAAAUGCUAAAAAAGGACCAGUAACACACUGAAUUAAACACGAACGUUUGAAGUACACGGAAAAUACUAUAUUUCAGUCUUUCUACUUCAAACGUUGGUGUUUAAUGAAACAUGUUAGAAUUUUUGUCAGUGUUAAAACAGACUGAAAUUGUAUUUUCUUGUAACAUUUAUUCCGGUAAUCUUUAUUUGCAACUUCAAAACUUUUUUUUUUUUUUUUUUAACAGU